GGUCAAACAUUAACAGCCCUUCGGCGAGGCAAGCAGCACAGCCAGCGGCAGCAGCCAGCCACCAUGGCAUUCAGCACCCGCCUCGCCUCCUCCCUCCGGCCUGUCCUGACAGCUCUGCACUGGGCAGCCCCCAGGCAGUGCCGGGGACUCAGCACCCCCCAGGGAUCAGAGCCCUCACUCAAUCUUGGGGGUAUCUUCCCACCCCUCGCCACCCCUUUCUCACCCACGCAGGAGGUGGACUAUGCCCAGCUGGAGGGGAACCUGCGCCGCUAUGCCAGCAUCCCCUUCCGAGGGCUGGUGGUGCUGGGCUCCAAUGGGGAGUAUCCAUACCUGGCAUCCCGUGAGAGGGUGGAGGUGGUGAGCUGUGUGCGCCGGGCUCUACCCAGGGACCGCUUGCUGCUGGCUGGCUCGGGCUGCGAAUCCACCCAGGCCACCAUUGAGCUGACAGUCAGCAUGGCGGAGGCAGGGGCUGAUGUGGCGCUGGUUGUGACACCCUGCUAUUACCGGGGGGCCAUGACCACUGCUGCCCUGGUCCAUCACUACACAGAGGUUGGCGAUGCAUCCCCCAUCCCUGUGGUGCUGUACAGUGUCCCUGCCAACACCGGCCUGGACCUGCCCAUGGAGGCUGUCAUCACCUUGGCUCAGCACCCAAAUAUCAUUGGGAUCAAGGACAGCGGUGGGGAUAUCACCCGCAUGGGGCUGAUGGUCCACAAGACAAGGCAGGAGGAUUUCCAGGUGCUGGCAGGAUCAGCCAGCUUUCUGCUGGCAAGCUAUGCCGUGGGUGCCUCUGGGGGUGUGUGUGCCCUCGCCAAUGUUCUGGGUGACCCAUUGUGUCAGCUGGACCACCUGUGCCGCAAGGGCCAGUGGCAGGAGGCCCGUGACCUGCAGCACCGCCUCAUUGAGCCCAACACGGCGGUCACCCGCCGGUUUGGGAUCCCAGGGCUGAAGAAGGCCAUGGAGUGGUUUGGCUACUACGGAGGUCCCUGCCGUGCACCCCUGGCCCCUCUGAGUCCUGCCCAGGUUGAAGAGCUGAGGAGCACCUUCAGUGCCAAUGGCUGGUUGUGAGGUGCUCUCCAUCUGCCCCUUCCCACACCAGGAAGGUACAGGAGUCAGGGACCCUGGGAACUGAGGACAUUCUGGGUACACUGGGAGGUGGCCAGGAGAGGGCCACCCAUGUUACUCUUUCCUGUUGGACAGGGCUGCACUGGGAAGAGUGGGUAAAGGAGGGCAACCCCAGGCCAGCCUGCGUCCCUGCCAGCCCCCAGGUCCUGUUGUCUGCCUGGGAAGGGGUGGGUCCUGGUGGCAUGAAUAAACCUGCCGUCUCCUCUC